AUGGCGCCCAUCACACCUCUCAAUGCUGCGGAUAUAACCGAAAAGGCGCGGCGAGAGCUGCUUCUUCUGCUCGAGGGUAUAAGAGGCAAGAAGAACCUUGUGCUUGAGAAAGCUCUUGCUGGUCCGCUCAACUUACUUGUCAAAUUCUCUACGCUACAGGAAUAUGGCGUUGAUAAGCCCUUCUUCCUGGAGAAUGACAACGUCGACUCUUCACAGCGCAACAUCGUCUUCCUCGUCCGAGGUGAAAAGGCGAAGACUGUGAUGGCCGUUGCUGACCAAAUCAAACGUAUUCGUCGAGACAGCCAGAUUGAACAUGAAUUCUCCAUCUUUUGGGUGCCUCGCCGUACCUUGACUUCCGACCAACUGCUUGAAGAAGCUGGUGUUUUGGGGGAAGCCAGUGUGAGCGAGUGGCCCUUGUUUUUCGUGCCUCUUGCCGAUGAUGUGCUGUCGCUUGAGCUUGAAGAUGCCGUGUCAGACUUGUAUCUUAAGAAAGAUCCAACCGCAAUCUACCUGUCAGCCAAAGCACUCAUGCUUCAGCAGCAGAAGUACGGCCUCUUUCCGCGUAUUAUCGGCAAAGGCGACAAUGGCAAGCGUCUUGCUGACCUACUCAUUCGUAUGCGCACCGAAGUCACGGCAGGGGAGUCGUCGGCUGGCGGAGGACCAUCGUUUCUCGGCUUGACUCCAAGCUCAAGCAUAGACAGUCUUAUCAUUAUCGACCGAGAAGUCGACUUUCCUACAGUGUUACUGACUCAAUUGACGUACGAGGGUCUGAUCGACGAGGUCUUCAACAUCGCUGCCAACCAGACUGAAGUCGAUUCCUCUGUAGCUGGCGGCGCAGCACCUCAGCAAGGGCAGACAGGGUCGGCCUCAACCAGUAUGAAGCGCAAGAUUAUGAUUGAUCCGAAAGACUCCUUGUACGCUGAUCUUGGCGAUGCGAACUUUGCCAUUGUGGGUAACCUGCUCAAUCAGGCUGCUCGUCGCCUACAGAGCAGUACCGGACGCGACCAGCUUGCCACGAAGACGACGUCUGAGUUGCGAGACUUUGUGGCAAAGCUACCUGGCUACCAGGCUGAACAAGCAAGUCUGAAGCUGCACACCAACCUGGCGGAAGAAAUCAUCAACUUCACACGUACCGACAUCUUCACGCGGAGUCUCGAAGUACAACAAAACAUCAUGUCCGGCGCUGACCCCACAACUCAGCACGAUACGCUUAACGAGCUCAUCAACCGAGAUGUCCCACUCCCUGCUAUACUCCGCCUGCUCUGUCUGGAAAGCACCACAAACGCUGGCAUCCGCCCCAAAGAUCUUGAAGCCUUCAAGCGCGCCAUUAUUCAAGCCUAUGGUCCCCAGCACAUCCUCACCCUCGCCUCUCUUGAGAAAAUGGGCCUUCUUGCCCCCCGCGGCGGCGUAAGCCUAGGAGGCGUAGGCGCACCCGCAAAGCCAGGCAGCGUAACAAACUACACACCUCUCCGCAAGAGUCUCAAACUCUGGGAUGACGACGUAAACGAAGCCAGUCCCAACGACAUCAGCUACACCUUCUCUGGCUACGCGCCCUUAUCCGUUCGUCUAGUUCAGUCCAUCAUCCAGAAACACACCUUGGCAAACACCAUCAAACCCCCAUCUGACCCCCGCACUAGCGUCCAGGCCAAUCCCCUCGCGCAGGGUCUCCGCAUCUUCGACGACGCGACAAAGUAUGUCCGCGGCGCUACGUUUGAUGAGACGCAAAAGGGAGAGGAGAAGGCUGUCAAGGCGAGGCAGCUGCUCAACGGAAGCCAGGGCGAGCGCAACAAGACCAUCGUCGUCUUCUUCCUGGGAGGCGUCACCAGGGCUGAGAUUGCGGCGCUGAGAUUCGUGGGCGACAAGUUGAAGGAGAUUGGGGGCGAGGGUAGGGGUAGUCGUAUUGUCGUUUGCGCGACAAAUGUGGUGCGGGCUAUGGUGUAG